GAGAUGCAACAUGUGGAUCAAUGGUUUCGAUACUUAACUGAAGCAGAAAAGACAGCUACGAUGUAUACCUUAUUGCAACACUCGACUCAAGUACAGGCGAGAUUCUUUAUCAAUCUGUUGCAACAAAUGGUCAAACGCGAUCCACUCUAUUCUCUUUUGACGCCA